AUGCAGCUGCGAGUAUUAUUCUCGUUGGCCAUCAGCACCACUCCCAUUGUGGCCGAACAUUGGAAGCCCGAAGCAGGAACACCAUGGCAAAUAGUCCUAUCGGAAGACCUCAAACCCCCAUAUCCAGCCGGGGUCAAGGCAAUAGAUGGUGACCUUUACAGCAACAAUGAGUCCAUCUGGUCCGAUCUCAAGUCGUCCGGCCACAAGACCAUCUGCUACUUCUCAGCCGGCUCAUACGAAGACUGGCGACCUGACGCCAACGAGUUCAACAAAGAUACUGACAUCGGCUCACCUCUCAAGGGCUGGAAAGGAGAGUGGUGGGUCAACACAAAGUCCGACAAUGUCCGACGCAUCAUGGGCAAGCGCAUGGAUCUGGCCAGGCAGAAGGGUUGUGACGCUGUUGAUCCUGACAACGUCGAUGCUUACGAUAAUGACAACGGCCUGGGCCUCACGGAAGACGAUGCUGCGGACUAUAUUCACUUCCUAUCUACAGAGGCACAUAACCGCGAUCUCGCCAUAGGUCUGAAGAACGCCGGAUCGAUUGUUGACAGAGUUCUGGAUGCCGUCGACUUUCAAGUCAACGAGCAGUGCCAGGAGAACAACGAGUGUGAUCAGUUCCGUGCUUUCAUUGACGCGGAUAAGCCAGUUUUCGGGAUUGAAUAUACCAAGGAAGAGAACUCAAUACCCUCCAGCAAGGACGUCGACAAGGUUUGCGCGAACAAAGAUGCCGCAGGCUUCUCUACGCUCAUUAAGCAUAUGAGUCUCAAUGACUGGGUGGUCUCAUGCAACAUCACAUCCACAGCAGGUGAAAACGGCACGUCGAAUAGGAACAGCGGUGGUUCGCCCAGUAGUGGAGCCACUUCUACUUCGUACGAGAGUGGUGCAAGUGCGCUCCAUAGCGCUGUCGGCGUAGUGGUAUUACUUGCCCUUGGAAGCUUCGUCCUGUAA